UUAAUACUAGCACUUGUAGAAGUUGAGAAAGUAAUAUAAGGAAGAGAGAGAUAAUAUUCAAAGAUAAUACUACAAAAAUGGCGUCUGUACCACCAAUGGCUGUACCAGCAACGGUAGUCUGUCUGAAAUCAGCCUACAAUAGCAAAUUCCUACGCUAUAGGAACGACAUAGAUAGUCAAACAUAUGGCCUUCUUGAGUUUGCUGGUGAUGAGGUAAUGGAUCAAUAUGCCCACUUUGAAAUUGAGCAAUCCAAGACUUAUGAUGGUCUUGUCCAUCUCAAAUCCCGCUACAAUAACAAAUAUUUUGUCAGGUGGUCUCCCAGUCACAAUUGGAUUAGUGCAUCAGCCCACAACAUAGAUGAAAAUCAAAGCAAUUGGAGUUGUACAUUGUUCAAGCCAAUAUACCUAAGUGAUGAUGACGGUACACAAAAAAUGCGACUUAUGCAUGUCCAACUCGGUCAUUAUGCAAGCUUGUGGAAGGACGAAGCCUCUUUUGAUUCAUGCUUAAAUGCAGGGUCAAAUGAGACUAAUGAAGACUCGUAUGAUGUUUUCACUCUCGUAAACUUGUUUAAUAUACCCAAGCAUGUUGCAUUAAAGGGAGAUAAUGGCAAAUAUUUAGGUGCAGUCUCGGUAAGGGGUGUUUGGUAUCUUCAAUUUUCAUUUGAUAAUCAUGAUGAUGCUAUGGUCGCCCACGAGGUGUUCGAAGCUCCUGAUGGUACACUUUGCAUAAAAUCGAGUCACGUUGGAAUGUUUUGGAGGCUUGCUAACGAUGAUUAUAUUGUUGUUGAUGCAAAUUAUCCUCGCGGUAGUAGCAACACUGGUGCUAUGUUUAGGGCUGUUGUGCGUGACGUUAAUGCCAUUGCACUACUAAACAUGUCCAAAACUUGGUUUUGUAAGAGAUAUACAUUUAUCUGGGACCACUUCCUGAAUGCCGCUACUCAAAAUGUUGAUGAAUUUGCAAUACUCGAGAUGAUUGAUUUGGGAGCUUAACGGGGUCGCGUCGUUCUGUAUGUGAAAUCAUACUACUAUGUUAUUUCUUCAACUAUAUAUGGUGAUAUUUAUGUUCUUUAUUUAUUAUAUAUGUUCUCAAUUUAAGAAAUAAACGAGUUGUUGGGCUCGGACGUUGAAACGGGCUACUACAUGUGUAACAACUCGAUAAACCCCAAGCACUUCGGGAUUUUAAUUAUUUAUAAAUAAAGAUAUCCUUAUCGAAA